GCCGGACCCCGUCUCCGACCCCGUUGCCGGACAGCCGGACCCCUCCUCUGACCCAGCUGCUGGACAGCCGGACCCCGCCUCCAGCCCCAGCCCCACCCCCGGACAGCCAGAUGCGGCUCCUGUUCCUGUCCACACAGUGGGGACUCCCAGCCCAGGCAAACAAGGCUUGGCACCAGAGCACACGACAGUGUCCAGUGGCUCAGGACCCAAUGUCACAGGCAACCAGAAUUCUGACAACCAAGGGAACCUCAGUGUCACCCCCACCACCAAGGGAGGUGGGCCGGUGACCCCUGCAACUGCAGACAUAGUUGGCACCACGAACUCUGCGACCCUCCGUAUGCCAGCCGGCGGUUCCUUGAAGCCCCCAGAGAACUCUUCCAAGGAACAGCAGGGGCUCCCUCCCCAGGGUGCGCCUACCACGCUAAGCCCUGCCCUGGGAACCGUGGCUACACCUCCCGUUGAAGGACCCACAGGUGUCAGCUCCAAGCCAGCUUCCACGGACCUCCAGGACUCCACCACAACUUCUUCCACCUGGACUCUUGGGAACAAACGGAUCACGUGCGAGCCCCCGGAAAGGCUGACCGAGAAGCUGCUUGUCCUGAACCUCACAAGGGCCAGCCUCUGUGCGGGGAGCCCUCCAGAUGACAAACUGGUCACCAUUCUGUGUCGAUCAGCCAAAGCCACCUACGACCUGGCUCAGGAUCACUGCCAUGUACUGCUGGCACCCAUUUCAGAAAGCCGGGCAGUGGCAGUCAAAGAAAUCACUAUCCAGACAAACCUCCUUCCCAAGGAUGUGUUUGAACUCCUGAAGGACAAGUGGGAUGACCUGCAAGAGGUGGGAGUCAGCGACAUGCAGCUGGGGGACCAGGGGCCACCGGAAGAGGCCGAAGACCGCUUCAGCAUGCCCCUCAUCAUCACUAUCGUCUGCAUGGCUGUUGCGCCCCUCUAGGGCUGCUGCCACCAGCGCCUCUCCCAGAGGAAGGACCAGCAACGACUAACAGAGGAGCUGCAGACGGUGGAGAAUGGUUACCAUGACAACCCAACCCUGGAAGUGAUGGAGACCUCUUCCGAGAUGCAGGAGAAGAAGGUGGUCAGCCUAAAUGGAGAGCUGGGGGACAGCUGGAUCGUCCCUCUGGACAACCUGACCAAGGACGACCUAGAUGAGGAGGAGGACACACACCUCUAAUCAGGUCUGCUGGCGGCCUCCGACAGCGCCACAGAGCUCCGGACUGACCACCGGAAGUGCCAUUUGGACGGGGAGGAAAACUCCUUCCUCUUUGAGGAGGGAAAGACUAGGGAGGGACAGUGGACUCUGAGCAUUACCCCCUCCCAACCUUCCCCCAGGGCCUUAAUUUUUCCCCUUUCGAGCUGAACAAAUCACAUUCUGUCUAGAUUCCUCUUGUAAAAUAAUUCACUAGUGCCUGAGCUCAGUGCUGCUGGAAGAUGAGAGGAAAGGGGUCAAGAAAGAGCCAUGUAAGGGGCCUUGGAGACCCUCCAGCAGAAAGCCUCUAUUUCACAGGUGAGGUUUCCAAGGCCCGAAGAGGGUAAUGACUUGCCCCAGGUCCCACAGCCAGGUGACAGGAUGAAGACGGCGUCCUCCCCACUGCAGUGCUCAUUUGCACCAGGCCUCACCGCGGUGCUUGCUCACACCCUCUCCAGAGCUACCCUGGGCAGGGAGUGAAACGCCAGUCGGUAGAUGGGCUGGGCAGGAGAGCAGAGCCAGGUCCUGUCUCGGUGGGAUCAAUUCCUCCAAAGUACAGGUCCUACAUUUUCUAUCCAGCCUCUGCCAGUGUUCCCGCCCCCUUUAUUCUUCUCCCUCCUUUCACUCAGUUUUUAUUUGCAGUCUGCACCAGGGCUCCUGGGACUAGCAUAGGCCAUUCAUGCGUGACCUUGAACCCCUGCUUUGGGAUUCCAUUUCCCUGCAUUUGCUUAAUGAGGUUGGGACUUAACCCACGCAAAACUCCUACAGUGAGCUAGGUCUGCCCAAGGGGUUGGUGGACAGGGGAAGAGCAGGGGAAGCACUUCAUCCCAGGAUGGCUGCCUCACAGCAGCAGGUUAAGAUAGCACUGCCCCGUCACCCAGCACUCCCGGAAGAGGCUCCCCCACAUGUCCUUUGGCCUGGCCUUCCAUUCCCACCAGGGAACCUGCAGUAGCUACAGAAUGCAGAGUGUUCCUAUGUGUGGUUCACUGCUCGGCUGACACGGGGGAAGAAGAAGCCAGGGAAUCACCCUGCAACUCCAGUGUGAAAAAGCAGCAGCUGAAGGACAGGUCCUUCCUGGCAACCCCAGUCAGCAGAGAUGUGUCUUAGUAGACAAUCGGUUCAGCUAGCCAGGAAAGACAGGCUCUACUCUCUACUUUGUAGGAAACUCAGGGACUUUGCAAGUUGCUGAGAGUGCUGUCAUAUUUGUUUUUUUAAUCCGGCCCUCCACUGCCAAAGGCCAGAACUCAUCAUUGGAGACUUUUCAGUUAGCUAAUCUCAUUUCAUGCCAUAGGGAAAGCAAGGCCUACGAUGUGCAGCACAUUUUAAGGUGCAGCUUGGGGACUGGCUGGCUAUUUCCAGUAACUGUUCACUGUCCUGGCAUGGAGCUAGGCCUCGCUGGUUCCUCUUCGGUAGUCUAGUGGGGCUGCCACAGCUCUCCUACAGUUUCUGGUGGCAUCUCAGGGAACCACAAAGCCAUGUCUACUCCCCAGUGUUGGUUUUCAUUCAUAGGCUUAGCAGUGAACUGCAACAUACAAGGCUGCUGAGGACUGGGCGGGGGGAGAUUUAAUCCGAUCUUCUGAGAAGGGGGAGUCCUGCAUGGAAUUCUGUACUGUGGCCAUGGUCUCUUUGUUACUGGGCACAAGUUCCCUGGUUCCAACUAGGAAGGGUGGGCAGAGCUGCUUGGGGAAUGAAAAUGGUCUCUUUAGGGCCAAGUCACAACUCCAGAGUCCUAAGGGCAGGUCCAGACUGGUCAUUUCGAUGAACUAGGCUAUCUGCUUUGGGACAGCUUGUGUUCAAGGAACUGAGGGGUGGGGGCUGGGAGGAGCUAGGGCACAGAUCUCUCUCCUUCCCGUCUGCCUGAUUCCUUCUUUAGAGCCUGUAACCACUUGGUAUCCUAGGGCAGAAGGAAGACCACAGCUUCAUGGAGGGCUGACUGGCCCCCAGUGGAUUUCCAAAGAGUGGCCAGGCUAACAAGCCUCCCAAAACAUUUGCCCUGGCUCUCUGGGGCUUGGAGGUUCGACAGGAUGGAGGACAGUGCUGGUUUGGGGGAGAAGAGCAGAAAUCUUGUUACAUUGGAACAAGAUCUGUUGGCUUCUGUCUUGCCCAGCUUUGGUUCCUUCCACCCCAUGGGUUCCUGUCAUGGCCUCUAGACUGGAUGAUUACUCCUUUGCUGAUUCUGGGUCACAUCUCACCAACCAGGGAUUUUGACAGAGACAGCAGAUAGGCCUCUGCAGAUUGAUCCAA